UCCACUCCUUUUCUUUUCCCGCCACUAAAAAAUUCACCAAAUGAACGAGCUCACGCAACGAAAACCCAUUUUCCUUCUCCGGCGAAACCCUUAAACACGAUUUUGCGGGCAACAUCGACCUCCGCCGGCGAAAUGUCAGCGUGGCAAAUACUCUCCGACUGUGGCGGUGAUUACCGGUGGGAACUGCUCGGCGGCCAUCUGGGGACUGCGCUCGAGAGCGAACCAAGUGGAUCUCCGACUGAACAGCGUCUAUCCAAUUCACCUCUCCCUUCAAUGUCCGAUCUUUUGCUUCAAGGAUGUUCGAAGCUUCUAGAGAAUGGCAAUGCUGCUUCUCAGAGCUUGCCGAUGUUCCGGACUGGGUCGGGCAAAUCAGUGGCUCUGAAACAGUCUUCUAUAGCCAAAGCUUUGUCUGUUCUGGGCGAUGAAGAUGGUGAUGAUUUCCCUGAUCCUGGACAAGCGCAUGUUCGAGAUUUUAGGCCUGAUAGAUCUAGUUUUAUUUUCCAGACUGGGUCUGGGAAAGUGGUUAGUGUAUCUCCUACAGGAAUGGAAAGAGCCAAGCCGUUGCUAGGGCUGGAAGAAGGUACUGAUCAAUGCGAUUUCACAGGCUUACGACCCACAAGAUGGCCACCCAUUGUCAAUACCACUAGUAGGUGUCAACUUGCAUCACAUUUGGACAGAAAAGAAGGUUCGGCUCGUGCUGAUGCCCUUAACUCUAUAUCUGCUCCGAGCAUCUCAUUUAAUCGUGGAACUAGUUUAGUAGAAACUAAAUUGAAGGACUCUGGAAAUUGUAGUGAUAUGCAACCAAAGGUUUAUGAUAUACCUUCUAAACCAGCUCCAAUCAAGUUCCAAACAGCUGGCGGGAGAUCUAUAUCAAUUUCUGGUGAUGCCCUUAAACGCGCCAGGAGUCUUCUUGGUGAUCCAGAACUGGGAGACUUCUUGAAUGAGGGGAACUUUGACAGCAGACCAUGUUCUGUCUUGAAUGAGAGACAGACUGGCGAUAAUUCAUCAAACAAAGAAAAUGAUUAUCCGAUGUCCUCUCUCUGUCAAGGAACACCAAAGAGGAACCAUAUGUCCAAUGGUUUCAUAACUCCUUUGCGUUCAUCCUCUAAUAAAGUGCGUUUCUCAAAAGAGUUGGACAAACUAUGUUUUGCGGAUAAUUUGAUCAACAAGUUUGAUGCAGCUGCCCAUGACUGUACAGAUAGGUCCAAUUUUGAUGUGGCUUGUCUGCAGAAGCCCUUAACUACUAGGUCACAUUCCUCUAGCCCUGUGAUCGGCAAGUCCUUGGCAAACGGAAUAGGUCCAAGGAUGAAUCCACAUGUAAGAUUGUCAGGUGGGUCACUGAUGGACAUUUCAAACAGAGUUGACAUCACUUGUUCAGGCGCUGGAAAAGUUGAAAUGAGAAGGCUCAAAAAAGCAAGUUUCGUUUCCCCUUUCAAAAGGCCCCGAACUUCUGAAUUCUCGUCCCCCUUGAAAAGGGAUCACAUAUUUUCUUCCAGUGGCUUAUCCACUUCAUUGGCUAAGCAAUCCCUCCAUAAAGGAAAGGUGUCAUCUCGAUAUGCAUCUCAGAUUCCAAGAGUAUAUGUGAGUGAAUACUUUGCGGGGCCUCCUCGAGAGCAUAACAUGGUGCAGCAUAUUCCAGACCAGUUGAGAAGGAUCAAACCGGAUAAUGCCCACAAAUUUGUGUUUGCUAAUGAAUCUGGCUUGAACUGCAUUGGGGCAGAAGCCUUCCUCCACUUGCUGGUCCAGUCUGGAGCAUCUACACAGCAUAUUUCUAAAGCAUGGGUCACAAAUCACUAUAGGUGGAUUAUUUGGAAGCUUGCCUCUUAUGAGAGAUAUUACCCAGCUACAACUGGAAAGUUUCUUACCAUCACAAAUGUGCUAGAGGAACUGAAGUAUAGAUAUGAUAGGGAAAUCAAUCAUGGCCACCGUUCUGCAAUUAAGAGAAUUCUUGAAGGAGAUGCCUCCCCUGCCGCAUUGCUUGUGCUGUGUGUUUCAGCUAUCCACGUCGAUGACAACCUUAAGAUUCGAAGCUCAACCACACCACUAAAUGGGACACUAAACAACGUCAUGCGAGUGGAGCUAACUGAUGGCUGGUACUCUGUAGAUGCGCUUCUUGAUGAUUUGCUGUCAAAGCAUCUUAUGGAAAAGAAAAUGUACAUUGGCCAAAAAAUUCGAAUCUGGGGAGCAAGAUUAUGCGGCUGGGCUGCACCUGUUUCACCGCUUGAGGAAACAAGAACAGUUACUUUAUCAUUGCAUGCAAAUGGAACAUAUAGAGCUCAUUGGGCUGAUCGACUGGGACUUUGCAAGGGUGCUGGAGCUCCAUUGGCAUUCAGAUGUAUCAAGAGUAAUGGAGGUCCAAUCCCUAUGACUUUAGUUGGAAUUACACGAAUAUACCCUAUUCUCUACAGGGAGAGGUUAAGUAGUGGAGAUUCCAUUGUCAGAUCAGAGAGGAUGGAGAUGAAAAUCAGGCAGCUGUAUAAUCAGAGGCGUUCCUUGGUCAUUGAUGGCGCCGUUUCCGAAUUUCAACGGAGUACCAAAGACUUUCAUCUUUCUAAUGAUAGCGAUAGUGAGGAGGGAGCAAAAAUAUCAAAGUUACUUGAGAUGUCUGCUGAACCAGAAGUUCUAAUGGCUGAGAUGAGUCCUGAACAGUUGAAUUCUUUCGCUGCUUAUCGAUCGAAAUUGGAAGUGACUAGGCAAUCUGACAUGGAGAAAUCUAUUGAGAAAGCUCUGCAAGAUGCCAGUUUGACUGAGAGAGAAGUCACUGCAUUUAUAAGGGUGAGGGUGGUAGGACUAAAAAGAAAAAAUUACCAUGGAAAAAGUAGUCAUGAAGAGGGAUUUAUAACAAUCUGGAACCCAACUGAGAAGCAGCAAUAUGAUUUGAUUGAGGGGCAGGCAUAUGCUAUCUCUGAGCUUGUUCCAGUGAAGUCCAAUUCAGAUACCAUUUACCUACAGGCAAGAGGACCCACUACAAAAUGGCGGCGUUUAUCUUCUCGAGAAGUCGAAAAUUUCGAGCCAUUCUUCAGUCCCCGCAAAGCCAUUUCUCUAUCGAAUUUGGGUGAAAUUCCUCUUUCCAGUGAAUUUGAUAUUGCUGCUUUCGUUCUAUACGUGGGUGAGGUUUACACAACGUCCCACCAAAAAAGGCAGUGGAUCUUUGUGACAGAUGGUUCUAAAGUUGAGCUGCAGACUGGCAAAUAUGACACUUCUUUACUUGCCAUCAGCUUCUCCUUCCCUCCAGUUGACGAUAGUUCAUUUGUCCCGAUCAAUUACAACCUUGUAGGAUCAACGGUUGGGUUCUGUAAUCUUAUUAAAAGAGCAAAAGACCAAAUGAAUCAUCUUUGGGUAGCAGAAGCAACAGAAAAUUCAAACUACUUUCUUAGCUUCGACCCUCCCUGCUUUUGUCACCUUAAAGAAGCUGCUCUGUCUACUCAUGGAUGGGCAAAACUCUCCGAGUUGGUAAUUGAUGAGCUAAAGGAGAGGGUGUUAUUUAUGAUAGGUGAUUGCAAAAGCUAGAUGGUAAAGGUGAUGAUGCAACCUUGAUCAAAGAAUGUGCAAUUCAAGUUGAUGCAUGAUGCUAGUACAGGAUGCACAGUGCUUGAAGGGGCAGCAUCGAUUUUGUUGGCCGAUUUCGUUGAAAAGCCCACAAUGUGACUAACAUUCUUAAAUAUUCGGUUUCAUUGGCCCAAAGUCGGUGCUGUUCUCAGAGUUUGCUGCCAUUUUGCGGAUGUUACAUUGUGUAUUGUUCACAUCUUCCUGAAGAAAGGAUCCAACCAUGACACAUUCCAUUUCUUGUUGUUAAGUAGAGCUCAUUUGUAUAGACGUAGUUGUGGUCAAAUCUCGAGUUCCUAUUUAGCCCUCU